AAACAACCGGAAGUUUACAAACAUUGACCUAGCAGGCUAACAUUUAGCUUGUUAAAUUUGUUUUGACUUGCCGUCUAAAAGCCCAGUUUACAACGGGCUAAAAGAGGGAAAGAUGGUUUGUGAGAAGUGCGAGAAGAAGCUCGGAAAAGUCAUCACCCCUGACACCUGGAAGGAUGGAGCACGAAAUACAACAGAGAGCGGUGGACGCAAGCUAAAUGAGAACAAGAUGCUGACUUCAAAGAAAGCCAGGUUUGACCCUUACAGCAAGACGGGCUUUGCUACCUGUAGGAUCUGCAAGAGCUCAGUUCAUCAGUCGGGGUCACAUUACUGCCAGGGCUGCGCCUACAAGAAGGGAAUCUGUGCAAUGUGUGGAAAGAAAGUUCUGGACACCAAGAACUACAAGCAGACGUCUGUGUGACAGUUUGCAGAUCAGAGAGAACAGUUGAACGACAGAAGAACUGAUGUAAGGAUGGGAUUGAGGUGUAUAUUUGUCAUCUUGUCACAUUUUCCCACAGUGUCCUGUGAUAGACAACUGUAACUCUUUACCGUUAGUCCUCACACCUCAGUGAAAGAAGAGAUCUGGAGAUGGCUUCAUCCUCUUAUUGUAAAAUAAUAUUCAACGCCACUGGAACUAUUACCGUGGCCAUACACAGGCAAGCACUGUUAACUCCAAAUACUCCACCAAUAAUUACUCGUUUCUUAACCUGAAGCUUCUAGAUUUUGUGUUAAUUUUAAAUUCAUUACGUUGAUUUUUUGCUUUU